UGUCGUGGAGCAGUAUUGGAUGCCAAGUCGCUGCUUAAUUGCUGCGGCUUCUAUUCUAAGCCCGCCCUUCUGCGUACAGGAGCGGCUGAUAACGUGGAACCUGAGUUGCGCGCGUAAGAAUAGUCGACUAGCCACGUCGUUUCUCACCGUGGUUCUAGUGUAUCAACAGGUGUAUGCUUGCAGCUUUCCGUGCUGCUCUAGACUCGUGCAGCGUUGCGUCACUCGGUUAGUGGCUGACGUGAAUGCAUAACCUCUGAGAGCUGAUUUUCAUCAGAAAUUUCAUGGCCACUCUCACUAGGUUCCAAAUUUUCCAACAUACUGCUCGUUAGCCACCGAAUACUGACCGGCAGCAUCGCGUAUUCCCCAGCGUUUCAAACAGCUGGUUUCCUCCCUCUCGUGCUUUCCCACAAACUCGUCUCUCCCGAAGUUAGAUUCGCGCGCAUCCGAGCCUCUAGCACCCUCCACCCGCACCUCGGUCGUACCCAUGGCGGAUCACCCGCCUCACCCGGCGCGGCCGCCUCGCACGCCGCGGACCCCGACGCUCCGCAGCAUCCCGACGCUGCGGCGCGGGAUGAGCCGGCGGGACUGGGAGAUCGAGCACGACGACAAGGAGCGGCGGCGGCGCGAGCGCAAAGAGCAGAAGCUGGAGCGAAAACUGCACGAUUUGGAAUCGGAAGAGGAGACGGAGCGCAGCGAGGAUGAGCCCGGUCACCACCACCGGCGGCUGCGGCCCAAGGUGCCGAUGCUGCGGAAGUUCAAGCAGACGAUGAAGAAGAAGAAGUACCAGAAGCUGCUGGAGAAGCUGCAGGAGAUCCAGGACGAGCGCACCGAGGAGGAGACCGCCAAGGUGGGCGAGCUCCGGAAGAUCCUGGCGGAGCAGAACCUGCUGCCGCCGCGCUUCAACGAGCACCACAUGCUGCUCAGGUUCCUGAAGGCGCGCAAGUUCGACAUGGAGAAGACGACGGAGAUGUGGGCCGCCAUGCUCAAGUGGCGCGAGGAGUUCGGCGUCGACGAGUGCCUCAAGUUCGAGUUCCCCGAGCUGGGCGAGGUGAAGAAGGUGUAUCCGCACGGCCACCACGGCGUCGACCGCGAGGGCCGCCCCGUGUACAUCGAGCUCAUAGGCCGCGUCGACGCCACCAAGGUGCUGAGCAUAACGACGAUGGAGCGGUUCCUGCAGUACCACGUGAAGGAAUUCGAGCGCACCUUCGCUCUCAAGUUCCCCGCCUGCUCGCUCGCCGCCAAGCGCCACAUCGACCAGACCACCUCCAUCCUCGACGUUGCCGAGAUGGGCAUGAAGAAUUUCUCAGCGGAUGCGAGGAAGUUUCUGGCGAUGGUGUCCAAAGUGGACAGUGAUAACUACCCCGAGACGCUGAACCGGCUGUUUGUGAUCAACGCGGGGUUCGCGUUCCGGUCGCUGUGGUCGGGCAUCAAGGGCAUGCUGGACCCCAAGACCGCCGCCAAGAUCCAGGUGCUGGGCACGGACUACCAGAAGAAGCUCUUCGAAGCCAUCGACCCCAGUCAGCUGCCGGAGUUCUUUGGCGGCACGUGCAAGUGCGCCGUGGAGGGCGGGUGCCUCAUGGCGGACAAGGGCCCGUGGCGCGACGGGGACAUCCUGCGCGUGGUGCGCCUGCAGCGCACGGGCACCAUCAGCGGGGGCGACAACACAGAGGACAUGCUCAGAGGGGGGCGCAUUAGAUGGCAGUCGGGGCAGUUCAAGCUGGACGCGGAGGACAUAACGGACACGGGCAGCGAGGUGUCGGACAUAGACGACCUGGGCACGCCGUCGUUCAGCGGACUCAACACGCCCAACUUCGGCACCCACGACCUCAACAACCUCGACCUCCGGCUGAACUCGCUCAACUCCACCCGCUUCUUCAACGAAUCCGCCAUGUCUGGCGCCUCGGUGCGGCGCUCCGCCAGCAUGCAGCCCCGCCCCUCAGGCGGGCAGGGGCACGGCGUGGGGGCGACGCGGUCGGGGUCGGCCACGUCGAGCGACGACGAGCGGGAGAUGUCGGGGGCGGGGUCCGUGGCGUCUGACGACCGCAGCGGCGAGCUCAGCUCUGCUGGCAUGGGCGCAGGCGUUGGGGCGCGCCUGAGCGCGGGUGUGGGGUCCGUGUCGAGAAGGGAGCGUGGGGGGGAGGUGUCAUCUGGGGUGGGGAGCACCAGUGGGCGGGCUGGUGGCACGCAAGCAGCAGCUGUGUCGAUGAAAAGAGGGGGCGGCGGCGGGGGGAAGCAGGUCUCUACUCCGCCGUCCAGAAAUUAUGGCGCUUCAGCAUCAGGCACGCCCAGCAGCACGGCCCUGUCCAGCAUGCCCAUGGUGGCGCCGUCGUCCUCGUCUGCGCCGGACUCGCUGGCGGCGGCCACGGGGCUGGUGUCGCUGCUCAUGUCCUUCUUCUCCGCUGUCGCCAACCUCCCGCUGCUCUUCUCCCGCAUCGUCAUCACCGUCACGCCACCCGCCCACCGCCUCGAGGGUGGCAGAGGGGCGGCAGGGGGGGCGAUGGCGCCGCCCGGGGCGCAGAUGAUGCUGACGCCGGAGCAGCUGUUGCGGCGCGUGCAGGAGCUCGAGAGCCAGGUGCAGCGACUGCUGGUGCAGAGGGGCACAGCGGCGGGGGCUCAGGCUGAGGCUGAGAGGGGGCAGCAGAGAGAGAGCCAGGUGGAGAAGCUGGCCUCCAGCCCGUCCACGCCUGUGCUGGCCCCGCGCCCCGCUGCUGCGCCGUCGGACUGGCCGCAGCCGGCAGUGGAGCGAGUCACGGCUCUCGAGUCGGAGCUUGCCACCACCAAGAAGAUGCUGAAGGAGCUGCUGGAGAGCCAGGAGCAGCUGAGAGUGCUCAUAGAACAGCUGCAACUACGCAAGCAACGGAGAUUCGGCGGGUGCUUCGGUUGAAUGCAGAAUCAACUCACAUAGGCGAUACUUGCUACAAUUCCAAGGCUUGUCGGUUUUGGCGAUGCAAAUGUACAACGUGAUGCUUAAGGGAAGGAAAGUGGUGCUGAAUAUGUAUUUGGACUAUUUGUAUUCGUUUUAAGCUUUGUGUAAACCCAUAUAUAUUGUAAGCAUUCUUGCCUC